AAGGAUGACACCAAGGCCUAGCCUACUUACAAUGAUAUGAUCAAUAUCGGGUGCUCCAUCGUCACCCCAUCGAAGGAGGUUAAAGCUAAAGACAAGAAGAUGACACAAUUCGUAAGAUACAUUUGGGCAGGAUCGUUGGGACUUACCAGCGUUGGAAUCGCAAUGUAUUUCUUCAACAAAUGGGUCGUGUCCUUGAACGACAAUAAUUUGAAAGGACGGCUGUUUAGAGCCGAGUUUAUCGUUUUUAUUCAAGGGGUACUUGGUUGUGUGUCCUAUUUUGUAUGGAGAAAUGUGGCAAAUAUUUUCUCCAUAAAGAAACCGUCGCAUAGAAAUCCAGAAUCGGGAUGUAGAUUUCGAAGUGACACCGGAGCACGAAUUUGGAAAUUGGUUAUUGCAGCCUAUUUUUGUUUAGCUCAUGGAUGUUACUUGUGUAAUGUGUUCCUUGUCCAAACCCAUCCACACAUGUACAGUAUUGUAUCUUACUUCAUGCUCGGAUUCCAUGUUCAAAUGGCAACAGGUCUCGUACUGGUCACAAUUUUGAACUUCUUUAUAAAACUAGUCUCCGAUCAGACACUUAGACAUAGAGCAGCCGUAAUGAUGGCAGUGUUCUAUGCAGUGACAAUAAGUAUGUACGGGUUUUAUAAUACCAGAAAACUUCCUACAGUAAAUAAUGUAAAAAUACCUGUAAAAGACUUGCCACAAAAUUUGGAAGGACUCACAAUAACACAUUUAUCUGAUAUACAUUUGGGGCCGGUGAAUGGACGGAGAGAAAUGGUUCAGAUUGUCAAGAUGGUGAAUGACAUUCAGUCUGACGUGGUGGUGAUUGUCGGGGACCUUAUAGAUGGUGGACUAAAUGAACUACGUAAGGCAGCAUCUCCAAUAAAGAAGAUAAAGUCCAAAUAUGGAACCUUCUUUGUAACAGGAAAUCAUGAGUACUAUGCAUUGGAGGUGGAUGAAUGGUUUAGUUAUUUGAAGUCAGUCGGUGUUACUGUGCUCCACAAUAGUAAUUUCCACCUACCCAAGAAUGCUCCAUCCUCCCAACAGAUCUGUGUGGUGGGAACAGAUGACUUGGAAGCUUCACGGAUACAUUACAAGGACCAUGGCUUUCAUCUGGACAAGGCAAUGGAAGGAUGUCGAGAGGGCCAACCAGUAUUGUUACUCUCCCAUCAACCUAAAGCUGCUCAAAUGGCCUUUACUUCAGAACAUAGAAUUGACGUCGUUUUAUCAGGUCACACACAUGGAGGUCAGAUGUUUCCUCUGGUGAUUGGCGCAUACCUAGCCAAUCCUUACUAUGUUGGGCUUUAUCCGCACGGACCCAACAGCCAUGUCUACGUUUCACAGGGCACCAACUUUUGGGGUAUUCCUAUGCGAACAUUCACGUCAAGAGAAAUCGCUGUGAUAACACUCACAAAGAAAGUUUGAAUGUUUAACAAACAUACAAUUCAUUUUUCUUUAUUGAUAAUAGUCAGAUACCUAGUCUAUAAAUAUAUUCAAGUUCAAAAUAAAUUGAUUUGAACAUAAUAGGCUCACUGCCAGUAUGACUGAAAACUUAAAUUUGUUUGUAU